GGUUAUGCUAAUUAAUUUUUGACAGUUGUAUUAAAAACACAAAUCAUCCUUAGGGCUACACAAAAGUUUUCUAUUAAAGGUUUCUAACAGUUUUUCAGUAAUAAAAAGCCAACCGAAGAUGUCUAAAAUAAGUGAGGUAGCUGCUCUUAGUAAACAGUUAAAGUCCGAAUGGAAUUCGUCUCACAGGAAUUUGAGUAAAUGUGAGAAAUUGUUGACAGAUUUAAAGCUUCAACUUACAAAUCUCAUAUUUUUACCAACAUCAAAUAUAACUGCCUCUAAGCAAGAGUUACUGUUGGCAAGAGAUGUGCUAGAGAUUGGUGUACAGUGGGCAAUAGAAGCCAAUAAUAUACCUGCAUUUGAGAGGUAUAUGGCACAACUAAAGUGUUAUUAUUUUGAUUACCAAAAUCAGCUUGAAGAAUCUACGUAUAAAUAUCAACUUUUGGGUCUAAAUCUUCUAUUUUUGUUAUCACAAAACCGCGUGGCUGAAUUUCACACUGAAUUAGAACUGUUACCUACAGAACAUAUUCAAAAUGAUGUUUACAUUAGACAUCCGCUAAGCAUUGAGCAAUAUCUGAUGGAAGGAAGUUACAAUAAGAUAUUCUUAGCGAAAGGAAAUGUACCAGCUAAAAGUUACAACCUAUUUAUGGAUAUUUUGUUGGAUACAAUACGUGGAGAGAUCGCAGCAUGUUUAGAAAGUGCUUUUGAAAAAAUUUCGGCCAAAGAUGCGGCUCGCAUGUUAUAUUUGCAGAGUGAAGAAUCUCUAAAAAACUUAGCUGCCAAGAAAAAUUGGAAACUUGGUGUAGAUAGAUUUUUUUACUUUACACCUGAGGUGAAAAAGACUCACGAACCUAUUCCUUCAGUAGAAUUGGCAGAGCAAGCCAUUGAAUAUGCUAGAGAGCUAGAGAUGAUAGUAUAAGUUUAUUUAAUUUCAAUUAAUAAAUAUUUUAAUUCUUUAUUAUUUUUUUACCAAAUAUGUAAAUAAAAUAAUACCCUAUGCUGUCAUAUCUCUAAAUUUCUUGUAUUGGCAAGAAUUUCAACAGAAUAAAAUCAGAGUAUUUAAAAAACA